AUGUUCGCCCUGCCUGAGCACGAGCGCGAGGCGUUCUUUGCGCUGCUGGACGAGUACUUUACGCAGCGUCCUCACCUCGCGCCGCCCAACUUUCAGGCGUCUGCGGCCGGCGCGCCUGCGGGGCGGAAGCAGCCGCCGCCGCCGCCGCGGCGCGGCAACUCGACGUCGAGCAGCGUGCUCCCCCCCUCGGCGGCCGCGGCUGCGGCGCAUGCGCCGCCGCCUGCGACGCCUGGGCCGCGCGAGGUGCACAAGCCUGCGGGUCUGCAGACCGGCAAGUCGAUCGGCUUUAUGAAUACCAACUCGGCCGGCGCGGCCUUGGGCUCGAUCGUGAACAAAUCGGCGGCGAGUGCGAACCAGGCACUGCACAAGCAGUGGGAAAAGCAUACCGGCGCAACGACGUCCACGACCUCGACGCCGCCUACCCAGGACUACUAUAGCGGCGGCGGCGGCACGGCCUCGCCUCCCCCCGCGCAGUACCCCGGCGCGGCGGCCGCGCCGCCGGCCCCUGCGCGUGCGGCGGCGGUGUCGGCCGACCCCCCCGGCGAGGAAGCGGUGGCGCUGUACAAAUUUUCCGGCACAGAGCCGGGCGACCUGCAAGUCGAGCAAGGCGAGCACGUCUAUCUCUUGGAAGCCAUUUCGGACGACUGGUGGCGCGCCCAGAGCCUCGACGGCGCGCGCACCGGCAUUGUGCCCACGACCUACGUACAGCAACUGUAG